AUGGAUGCAAAUGAUGAAAAGAUUCGAGCUGUUGGAAUGUUUGGUGAUCAGCUUUGUCAAGAUGGCCAUUAUGCAGCAGAUAAGAUCCACAAGAAGGCACGUAACAUCGAUGAACGUCGCGAGGCUAACCGAGAAAGAGCUCAGGCUUUACUUGGCAAAUUGAAAGACGCUCUUGCAUUGCAGCAGUUCUUAUCUGAUUGCGAAGAAUUGAGAGAAUGGAUUGAGGAGAAGAUGAUUCGCGCUCAGGAUGAGACCUACAGGGAUGCAAAAACCAUAACCUCCAAAUUUGUUCGCCACCAAGCCUUCCAAAGCGAACUUCAAGCCAACAAGGAACGUCUGGAUCAACUCCAACAUGCAGCUAUUGACCUAGGAGCGGAGAAGCCAGAAUUUACUGGCACUAUCGAUCCCCAAAUCACCGAGUUAGCUCAUCAGUGGGAGCAACUCGAAAAGACCACUGAAGAAAAGGGACAAAAACUGUUUGACGCCAAUCGCCAACAACUUUACGUACAGAGUAUCGCUGACAUGAAGGAAUGGGCCAGCCAGUUGGAGAAGGAGAUGACUCGUGAGGACCAACCAGCUGAUCUUACCACUGUCAAUGUUGCUAUGCAAAAGCAACAAAUGAUUGAGACCGAAAUGAUUAAAAAAGCCCACCACAUUGAUCAAUUAAUGGAGAUGGAGCCUCAACUGGAGGAAAUGCACCCGGAUGAA